CACAGCUCCGAGCUCUGCUGAAGUGGGUUUUAAUCAACCCCGAGUAGAAAAGAAAAGGAAGAGCGGCGUUGGCCUACUGCUCGCAUAACUUUCCCUUUCCCCAUCCCAAGCUACUGCGGCGAGAAGAGAGGUAAUCGACGAGGGUUGGCUAUGGGGAAUACGGGGAGCAGCUCCAUACUGGUGCACAUUUUGGUGAUCGCCAUCUGCCUGACCGCCUUCGGCUUCGCCAUUGCCGCAGAGCGCCGCCGCAGCACGGGUUCAAUAGUCACAGACAGCUCCAAUACCACAUUUUGUGUUUAUGACUCCGAUAUUGCUACUGGCUAUGGUGUUGGUGCUUUCCUCUUUCUUCUCUCAGGCCACUCACUGCUUAUGGGUGUUACGAAAUGCAUGUGCUUUGGUGCACCACUUGCACCAGGAGGAAGCCGAGCCUGGUCCAUCAUAUACUUCACAUCUUCAUGGAUCACAUUUGCAGUUGCAGAGGCCUGCCUAAUUGCUGGAGCAACAAAGAAUGCAUACCACACCAAGUAUAAGGAUAUGGUAUAUGCUGGUAACUGGACUUGCCAAUCUCUGCGCAAAGGAGUGUUUAUCGCUGGAGCAGUCUUCGUGGUGUUCACCAUGAUUCUGGACGUCUACUUCUACAUGUACUAUUCUAAGGCCACUAGCCAAGCUGCAAAAAGGAUCAGUAAGACAACUCCCAGCGUUGGCAUGACUGGUUAUGCGUGAGCGACGUAAUAAAACUCCCGUCUAAUUAAAAAAAAACGUUCCGUAACAAUUGCAACUAUUUCUCCUUUUGUGCCAUUUUGUGUAACCCUGAAGUGAGUGAUUUUGGGAUAUGACUUAGUUCCAGUUUAAUGUUUUUUACUAUAUAUGUAAUAUGUGUACUGCUUUUAGUUUGUCGAGGGAAGGUGUACUUCAUCUAUCUUGAAAUAUUGUGCAUUCUGACCAUUCUUAAACAAAAAAAAGGAAGAGUGCAUAUUGAUGCAUCUAUCCUUUAACAUCUUAA